GAGCUGGUUGAUCUUAAGAUGCUUCAGUGCAAGAGAGUUGUCAAUGAGGUGCUCAGCACAGUGGAUUUUGUUGCUCCUGAUGACCGAGUAGUCUUCCGCACUUGUGAAAGAGAACAGAGCAGAUUGGUCUUCCAAAUGGGGACUUCAGAUGCAGAGAGAGCCCUUGCUGUGGCCAGGCUUGUAGAAAAUGAUGUAGCUGGUAUUGAUGUCAACAUGGGAUGUCCAAAAGAAUAUUCUACUAAGGGAGGAAUGGGAGCUGCUCUGCUUUCAGACCCUGACAAGAUUGAGAAGAUCCUCAGCACUCUUGUUAAAGGAACACACAGACCUGUGACCUGUAAGAUCCGAAUCCUGCCAUCGGUAAGGCUAGAAGAUACUCUGAGUCUUGUAAAGCGGAUAGAGAGGACUGGCAUUGCAGCCAUUGCAGUUCAUGGGAGGAAGCGGGAAGAACGGCCUCAGCACCCUGUCAGCUGUGAAGUCAUCAGAGCUAUUGCUAAAACCCUCUCCAUUCCUGUCAUAGCCAAUGGAGGAUCUCAUGAUCACAUCCAGCAACAUUUGGACAUAGAGGACUUUCGACAAGCCACAGCUGCCUCUUCAGUGAUGGUGGCUCGAGCAGCCAUGUGGAACCCUUCCAUCUUCCUCAAGGAUGGUCUGCGGCCCCUGGAGGAAGUCAUGCAGAAGUACAUCAAAUAUGCAGUACAGUAUGACAACCACUAUACCAACACCAAGUAUUGCUUGUGCCAGAUGCUACGGGAACAGUUGGAGUCACCCCAGGGAAGGUUGCUCCAUGCUGCCCAGUCUUCCCGGGAAAUCUGUGAAGCCUUUGGCCUUGGUGCCUUCUAUGAGGAGACCAUGAGGGAACUGGAUGCCCGGCGAGCUGACUUCUUGGCCAAGACUCCAGAGGAGGUUGAGGAGCCAGCUGAAGACACCUCUGGCAUCAUUAAGAUGGCUAUCAAGUUUGACAGGAGAGCAUACCCUCCCCAAAUUACCCCCAAGAUGUGCCUGUUGGAAUGGUGUCGGAGAGAGAGGUUGGCACAGCCUGUGUAUGAAACGGUUCAACGACCUGUAGAUCGCAUGUUCUGCUCUGUUGUCACUGUUGCGGAACAAAAAUACCAGUCCACUUUGUGGGACAAGUCCAAGAAACUGGCGGAGCAGACUGCAGCCAUUGUCUGUCUGCGGAGCCAGGGCCUCCCUGAGGGUCGGCUAGGUGAGGAGAGCCCUUCCUUGAACAAGCGCAAGCGAGAGACCCCUGACCAAGACCCUGGGGGCCCCAGAGCUCAGGAGCCAGCACUACCUGGGGAGAUAUGCAAGAAACCAUUUGUGGCCUUGGGAAGUGGUGAAGAGAGCCUCCUGGAAGGCUGGUGACUACUGUCCCUGCCCUGGUCCUCAGUGCAUGAACCUGACAUGAAGGUGGCUGUGGGUACUAGAGCCUAAACCAGAUGCCAUUGGACAAUUUUCUGGCUCUUGCCAUGCAGGAGUUAGAAGUUCUGGCCCAGGCCAUCAGCCUGGAACAUGGGCCAAGGAGUUCCAGGGAUAAUACUAUCUCUCCUCAAAGGUCUGAGUGGCAGAGCCAAGUUCCUAGGAGCCUGAACAUUUUCUUUGAAAACAAGAUUUUCAGGCUACACACCUAAUUUGACAUUGGUACAGUGCAAUAAAGACACCCUGACCUUCAUUCAAGGCUGACUGGUUCAGCCUUGGACUUACGUCCUGGCAUAAUUAUUCUACUCCCAUCCUCUGUGCAGAGCUGGAGCUUCCCAAAGCAUGUUCCCUGCAUGCAGAGGAUGAGUUAUUACAUUUCAGGUUCACUGAAUAUUGGUGGAAGCAGGAAAGGACCAAGAAACCCAUUUUCCUGAUGGGAAACCUGAGGUGUUAGGUAUCAGUCAACUUUCCUGAUGAGAGGUUCUAUGGACUCGCAGGAAAAAACUAGUCCCUGGUCCCUGUAAAGGACCAGCCUAGCAGAAUGGGGGUAAGGGUCCCAGAAUCUCCUUUAUGCUGAUUGGAGAUCAGGGCAGGGGACACCUGGAGGCUAUUGAUAACAGCAAUUUGGUUAUUGCCAAAUUCACUAUUCACAGAUCACACUGUCACACUCUCCCCACCCCAAUCUCACUUGUGGUGGUGGAAGGAAGUGACAGAUUCUCUUUUAAUUUCCUCCUGGCAGUAAGAAGCAAACAACAGGCUACCACAUUUCUUGGGGCCUCCCUGCUCCCCUACUGGGAGGGGUGGCCUGACCAAAGGUCCCUGCCCUGCCCUCCCUCCACUUCCUCUGCUGUAAACAGGAGGUCACACAUGACCUCCCCCUUGCCAGGCUAUAUGGGGUGAGGAGGAUUCCCCUCUAGGUCAAGCCUGUCUUUCCCAUAUCUCCCUUGGGCCAGCCUCAUGGCUGUGUGGCAAGCUGGUCCAGGGGUCAAUUCCCUGUGCCAGCCAGCAGCCCCUGGCUUUGCCUGACUCUGAAUCAAAGGUCUGGUGGGUGAGGCUUUGCCUUAUUCCACUGCUACCCCUCCCUGCUGCCCACACUUGCUUUUCUCUGUUCAUAUAAAGAUACCACACUCCAGCCAGGCGUGAUGGUGCUGUAGUCCUAGCACUUGGGAAGCAGAGGUAGGUGGAUCUCUAUGAGUUCAAGGCCAGCUAGAGCUACAGGGAACCCUGUCUCAAAAAGACAAAAAAAAAAAAAA